AUGGGCACGCCCACUGCGGCGCCCCACGUCAUGGUGCUGCCGUUCCCGGCGCAGGGCCACGUUACGCCGCUCAUGGAGCUGUCGCACCGCCUCGUCGACCGCGGCUUCCAGGUCACCUUCGUCAGCACCGAGCCCGUCCACGCCCUCGUGCUCGACGCCAUGCGGUCGUCGUCGCCGGGCCCUGCCGGUGAUGGCAGCGCGCAGCUGAACGGGAUCCGGCUGGCGUCCGUUCCAGAUGGGCUGGCCGACGGCGCCGACCGCAGGGACCUCAGCAGGUUCCUGGACGCGCUGUCGCUGUGCGUGCCGGGCCACGUGGAGCGGCUCAUCAGGGAGACGAAGGUCGAGUGGCUCGUCGGGGACGUGAACAUGGGGGUGUGCUUCCAGGCCGCCCGCAAGCUUGGCGUCCGGGUGGCCGCCGUGUUUCCCGCCUCUGCGGCGUGCCUGGGGACGCUGUUCAAGGUCCCACAGCUGAUCGAGGAGGGUUACUUCUGCGAUAAGGGAUUAAGGCUAACACAUCUUUCUGUACAACAAAUUAACGCAGGCUUCCCAAAGCGGCACGGCUUGUUCGAGCUCGCCCCUGGGAUGCCGCCGAUGUGCCCAUCGCAGAUGCCGUGGAGCAUCGACGGCGACGUCGCGGGGCAGGAGGUCGCCUACCAGCUGGUGACCCGGAACACCCAGGCGGCCCGCGUCCACGCCGAGGUCAUCGUAUGCAACUCGUUCCGCGACGCCGAGGCCGCGGCGCUCGAGCUGUUCCCCAGCAUACUGCCCAUCGGCCCGCUGUUCGCCGACGAGGAGCUGAUGAGGCCCGUGGCGCAGAUGCUGCCCGAGGACACGGGGUGCCUGCCGUGGCUCGACGCGCGGGCCGACGGCUCGGUCGUGUACAUCGCGUUCGGCAGCUUCGCCAUCGUCAACCCGCGCCAGUUCGAGGAGCUCGCGCUGGGGCUGGAGCGCACGGGCAGGCCGUUCCUCUGGGUGGUGCGACCGGGCUUCACGGCCGGCAACGAGCUGAGCAAGCAGGCGUGGUUCGACGAGUUCCAGUGCCGCGUUGCCGGUAGGGGCAUGGUGGUUAGCUGGUGCCCCCAGCAGAAGGUCCUGGCGCACCGUGCGGUGGCGUGCUUCGUGUCCCAUUGCGGGUGGAACUCGACCAUGGAAGGGGUGAGGAACGGCGCGCGCUUCCUGUGCUGGCCAUACUUCGUCGACCAGUUCGCGAACCGGAGUUACGUCUGCGACAUCUGGAGGACCGGCUUGGCGGUGUCGCCCGGAGAAGAUGGCGUCGUGACCAAGGAGGAGGUGAGCAGCAAGGUGGAUCGAGUAGCCGGAGACGAGGGGAUCGCAGACAGGGCACGGGUACUGAAGGAUGCUGCUUGUAGGUGCGUCGCUGAGGGCGGCUCCUCGCACGAAAAUUUCAAUAGGUUCGUCCAUCUCCUUCGCGGAUGAGCUGCAUCUCGUAGUCGAUGAAAGAACAAAUGAACGCGUGAACUCGGUUUGAAUUCAAGAAACCUAUCUUUUAUCCAGACAAGCUUAAAGUGAGGCCAUUUUAUUUUCUUAAAGAAUAAACUAGUAGUCGAUGAGGCUAUGAUCUUUUGCUUCA